GUCAAUGCAUGUCAAAUUAUAUCGUGCCCGUAUAUAUUCCCGCGAAAACUUUUGUUAUUAAUAAUGAAUUGCGUAAGGUCUGCGAAGGUAAUUUAUACAUAUUCGUUAAUCUUAAUCUAGUGUUCAGACAAACAUGGAAAGAAUAAUACUAUACGAAGAACUGAGGUUAAUAGAGAGAAAUGAAUCUGAAAUCAACGUAGUAUGGAAAGGUGCACAGAUACUUUUAUUUUUCUUGGCGUUCGUCUUCGGCUCGUUCUGUACAUUCUGUUUCCACAUGUUGAUGUACUUGUUCGACGACAAAUGCGUUCUCUUCCCUAAGCUGUUGUCUCUGUCAUCAGUGCGUUAUAGCUUAAUUUCUGAAUUUACACCAGCCGACAUAGAUGAACAUUUACCAGUGGAUUUUGUAAGCACGCAAUGGGUAGAGAAAAGUGCUUGCCAUUUACCCACAUAUGUUCCGCUAGUUUCCGGAAUAUUCGGCUUAGUUUGGACCACCAUGUUUUUGAUGUGUUCUACUGGCAGCCGAACUCUGACUGGUCUCCAGCGACCGUGGCGUGUUUUACUACCGGUGAUUUUAUUCUCAUUGUCCAUGGGAGGACUCUGCACUUACACAUCGAUUGUCACUCAUUCGGGCCUAAAGGAACUUUGUGUCAAACUCGGCGAAAUAACCGGCAGUCCCACGUGUACUUAUACAAUAAACGUGGCGACAUUAGCGUAUGAACGUCGGAUCCGUGGCGUGUAUCAAGCAACGCAACUCACCAUCGCUACAGCCUGGAUGCAUACAGCAUGCUGGCUUCUAUCUGCUUUUUUGGCCCUGACAAGAGUGCUCUUGGCCGUCGACUUCCAACUUGUGCGUGUCAAAGCAGAGCUCAUUGGAAAUAUUGAUAAGAUGAUGGAAAUGAAUGAGAAACAUGUUCGUACGGUAUCUCCGGAUUGUUGGGCCAACGAUAAAAGCGAAUACGAUGCCUCCGAACGUCAUAUUUCUAGAAGCAGCACUAAAAUCCAUUUCAAAAACAAUGACUUCAAGGUCGAUGAAGAUUCAAUUCCUGACAGCACUAAUGAUUCUACAAACACAGAAAGGGAUGUUAUAUACUUCGCGGCUCCCUACGAUGUACUCACGUCGGAAAUGUCCUUGGUACCGGCCGAAAAGAAUAGGCUAGCCCUCCGUUCUGCGUAUAAGACGGUCGCGAAAGACAAAAAAUUCAUUGUUAAAAUUGUUUACGAUCUCUUGGAGUCAAUUGAAUACCCUGAAAUUAUGUCCGGAGAAAGUGAAAGUACUUCUAGUCGUACUCCUGAAACGUACACCAAAUCUGAAGAUGACAGUGAACUAAUAAUACCAAGGCAAUAUGGACAGGAGAAGAUAAACUUUGAAGCCUCUAAAAAACUCAUCAAAGAAAAACGCGAACUGACAGAAAUCGAACUAUUCGAAGCCGAAAAAAUUGCAAAUGAAAUCAAACAGAAGUUACAAGAGAAAUUGAAUCAGGGCAUCAUUAGUUUGCAUACGUCCGAAAAUACUUCUAAAGAAAAAGUCAGUCAAACUCUCUCAGAAACUCCGUCAAAAAAUGACAAACCCUUAAAGUCAAGUCUUAAAAACGUUUGUCAACAAACUUGCAGGUCGACAAGAAAGAAAAAAACAAAAGUCCAAAUAUUUGAUUCUGCAUCUACAGAAAGUGACUCGACUCAGUCCUCUGAUGUUCAGGAAGUUGAUAAAUCAACACAAACACACCCAAAAGAAAAACAAGAUUAAUGGGUAAUUACCCAUUAAUCUUGUUUUUCUUUUGGGUGUGACAUCUAAUUAGAAUUUCUACACAAAAAUAUGUAAUAGUUAUAUAUAAUUAUAUUCAUUAGACAAGUAUAUAUUUGUAUUUACAAUUAAUUAUCUCGCUGGACAGACAUCCUCUGCUGUGAAGAAAAUAUCGUGGAAUCUCAGCACCCCCUACGGGCUCUAAACUGCUGAUAUCUAUAACGCCAAAAUCUAAGAAAUAAUAUUAUUUGUUCGUCCAAUGAUGUACACUAGACUAUAAUCACUGACACCUCACUGUUUUGUGACUUUUUUAAAUAAAUAAAACUUAAUAUUUUUAGAAAAAA